GUAUUAAUUAUGCAGUUGAUAUCUUGGCGUAUGCUGUGCUAGUCCACCUGUUUUGGCCAGCUCGUUCAAUAUUGUUUCUUGUGGAAGGAGAGAGGCCCUUGCCUACUUAUGAUCUUGAGAUUACUGGUCUCUUGGACGACAUGCAAGAAACCACGUUGUUUAGCCAAGAGGAGAUGGUGCGCCAGAAUAACCAGCGUGACCCUGGCCAAAGUGAUGACACGGACACCCACGAAGAGAUCCCGAUGACAGAUUUACAGGCAAACGGGAAAAAGGACACACGUAACGGACACAUCCCGAACGGUAAUGGAAGUGUAAUGAGCAACGGCCAUGCCCAUAAGCAUGAGAACGAGGCUUUCGAGGAUGACAGGAAAGGCCCGGGGCUGUCCUGAGGACAUUCGUGUGUUGCCAUCGCUGUAUGGGAACACUUAAAUGUCGCUGUUGCUACUUUAAGAUAUAUUGCUCACCUCAGCAAUGUGAGGACAUUUUUUUGUCUUUGUCACUUACACAUUACGUCGCCACUGAAAUGUGAAGAGACAUUUUAUUGCAUUUGCUGCAUGAUGGCUAAAUGUCCUUGUUGCUACAUGACGACUAUACAUCUUUAUUGCUACAUGAUAGCUCUGUGGCUUUAUGAUGACUGAAUGUCUCUUGCCUCAUGGUGACUGAAUGUCUCUGCUGCUAUAUGAUAGCUGAAUGUGUCUGUGGCUACAUGAUGACUGUACAUCUCUGUGGCUAUAUGAUGACUUCAUCUCUGCUGCUGCAUGAUGACUGAAUGUCUCUGCUGCUAUGUGAUAGCUGAAUGUGCCUGUGGCUACAUGAACUUAUGUCCCCGUCGCUACUGAUGGCAACGGACCAAUGUUACUUGCCAAGGACAUUACAUUUGUCACUAUGGCUUCAUGAGAAUCAUACAUUGAGGUUGCUCCAUAAUGACUUAAAAACUUUGGAAAACGUUAUGUCCCAGGUGAUACAUUAUAUGACAUUAUGUUGCUGCCACUACAUGAAGACAAUAUGUCACUAUUGCUAUAUAGUGUCGUUGUGUCACUAUUGGUACAUGAGGAUAUUUUGUUGCUUUCCCUAUGUGAUGACUUGUCUCUCUUGGGAUACGGCGAGCUUUUUCUCUACUGUGUUGCUAUCUUUGGACAUGUUGUUAUUGCUGCUCAACCAUGUUAUGUCACUGUUGUUGCGCUGUGACGUUAUGUUCGUGACAUGGCAUGAGUACACUGAGUCGCAUAUGUGCUUAUGAGGAUAUGACGUUACUGUUGCACUAUAUUAUUAUGUACUUUAUGUCGCUGUUGCUAGACUGUGUGGGCGCUCUGUUCGCCCAGCUGGUAUCAUGCUGGACUCUGAAGCGGAGGGCCCUGGUUAGAAUCCCAAACGGAGCUGUCUUGUGGAGUUUUCAAGGCUCUCAACCCAUUUGGCUUGGUCCUAUCGGAGAUGGCAGUUAACUUUAGAAGUCCCUUCUCUUAAAUUACCUAAUAGUGUUUAUAGUCGAUAGUCUAGUGGUUAGGCUACUAGACUCAUAAUCAUGUGGUUGCGGGGCAGGAAGGUUCAAGCCUCAGGCCUGACGUUGUGUCCUUGGGAAAUGCACUCCUCACAGAUUUUCCUCAUUUCAUCCAGGUGGGAACGGGUACCUGGCCAUAGAUAGCUAAAGAUCUUGUCAGUUUGUUAGUGUUUUAGGACCUGUAAAAAUAACAUCUUGCACUAUGUGCUUCCUUGGAAGUUGAGAUUGUGGGUAAUAAUAUAAAUUGUAAAGCACAUAGAGCAUGCUGCUGAGGGAGAAUUUGCGCUAUUCAAAUGCUAUCUAUCUAUUCUUCUUCUUCUUCUUCUUCUUCUUCUUAUUAGGGGCAUUAAUGCUAUACAUUUACUUUUUACGCUAGACUGCAUUCUUGUUGAAUUGCUAACAUUGCCAUGAACGCUCAUGGCCCAACAGGAGAUUUUGCUUUCUGUCCCUGUACUUCCUCCUGCAGUCUAGCACGCUUUGCACUAAGUGAAAUCAGCAGGACAUGGAAAUCUUUUCAUUAUGUAUACAUUUCGCUUUGUACUUGUUUUAAAUGUAAAGAAUAUACAUGUAUUUUUGUCAGAAGGUCCGGACCUGAAAAUCUGUUUGCUUUGUGCGUGUUUGGCUGUGCACACGUUCAUGUUGUGUGCAUGCUAGUAUUGCUAGGCUGUGUGUGAAAACAUGCAGGCUUUGAUAAACAACUUAACAUUCCCAUGGUCUUGUGUUAUCGUGAUAUUUCCCACCCAUGUCUGUGCAAUAUUUGGACAAGAAGUUUCUUAUAUUGUGGGAUGCGCCUUAGCUUUUUUGUUGAGAGAGAUGUAUUGUCCCUUUGAGCAUGUCUUUUUGUAGAUGUGAGAGUUUAAGAGUGACAAAUUAGAGAGAGUAAGUCUGUGAACAUUUCUCCAAAGAGUGAUGAAUAUAUAGAUAUAUGUAUAUAUAAUAUAUAUAUUAAUAUAUAUGGGAUGGAGACAGAGACUCAUCAAGUGUUAUGGAUAGCCUUACCCAUCACUCUGGUAGGAACAUGGGGCUCCGACAAUUUUCUUCCAUUCGUCUCUCUCCUAGGUGAAUCGUCUAAAAUCGUCUAAGCUCAUCCCAAAUUUUCGCUGUCUCUGAUUUUUCAAUUCAUUCUCUUCUGUUCUCCUCCAGGUGCCUUUUAGUUUUUUUCACUUUGUUUUCCUUUGUGGGUUGUGGAGGGGGGUGGAGAAGGAGGUUGAAAGCUAAUGGAAGAGCUUACAUGAAUGAGUAAUUACUGACCUGAUGCACCAAAUUCUGUACGACCCUUUGUUUUGGGAUACUUUAUUUUCUUACUUUUCCGAUCCAGUGGCAAUCUUAGUUCUUUCCCUGUGGCCUGUUCUUUUGGGAUAGAUUGUUUUACGUAUAGAUCAAGCUCACCUCACAGUGGAGACAAUCUUCUCUUUAACUAAGACCUUUUUGAUAUGCAUUUAUAUAUGUGGACUGUUCUCUCUUUGAAUUACAGUAGUGUUGUGCAGAACUGAAUUACAGAAGAGAGAAGCAGGAUUUGAGGGGCAGUUUUGAAGUGUACAUUUCUGUGGUCUAUGUCUUAGUUUCUAUGGUCCACUGAUGAAUGAUUAAAAAAAAUAAUGAGUUUCAGCUCAACAGCAAACUUUGGUUAUUCUCAUAUUUCUUAUACAAUUUUUGUAUUUUUGUGUUUCAUUUCAUUUACUUUCUGUCCACUCUUUUGGGUAAAGUUCAGUGUACUUGUGCAAAAGGUGGUGAUAACAUAAAUAGCAUUUUAUUUGUAUGAGAUGAACAAGUUGGGGAAGAUGAGAGAGAGAGAGAGAGAGAGAGAGAGAGAGAGAGAGAGAGAGAGACUGAAGGGUUGUGUCCUUCUUGUUACCAUUGUCUAUUUGCAGGUAAGGAAAACUGUACUCGAUUAAAAUGUUAGUUGUGUGAACAGCAGCUGACGAGUAAUUAGAAUUUCUGCUCUAGUCAUGUUGAAGGAAGGGGGGAGCAUUAUUUUAGAUCUGAGAAACAUGAUUAUGAAGAGAAUCUCUCUGAAGGAGGAUCAGUGUGCUUUUGAAAUGAAUACAUUUUCAAUGUGGAUACAAAUUUAGUCAGCUAAAACUAAUAUAAUGAUAUUUUUUCCCACAGUUUGUAGGUUUCUAGGUGCUUAACACUGGGUGCUUAAUAGUUUUUAACGCUAACUCAGGAUGUUUUUGAAGUUUGGUAUGCCAAAGAUUUUGUAAAUUGCUGUGGAUUUGUUUGCCAUAUUUUAUUCUGGACACUUUUUAGCAGAACUGAAAAUAUAAAUGCAGAAGUGAUGAUACGUUUUCUUGCUUUUGUUGAUUGUUUCAUGGAAAUGAACUUGUGCUCAGCAUGACUUCGCCUGACAACUUUUUUGUUGUUCGUUUAUUGUAUUUGAGCUUAGAAGGGUCAGGUAAAAAGUAAUGCUCGUCAUAUUACUUUUAAUUUUAGCGUUGAGACUUAUUGCCCCAGUGAAACUGUUUCAAAUGUAUUAGAAUAUGAUGUGUUCACAGAAAAAACCCAACUGCUUGCAGGUCCUGAAACAGUUAUUUGUAUUCUAACCUUUUGGCUGUCUUUAAAAAGUUGGGAACACUUUUUUUUUUCAUUUUAAUUUUAAUUUUCUUUGUAUCAAAAGUUUCUAAGGUACUAUGGAUGCACAUUGUGUGUUUAAAAAAAAAGGAUCGU